UGCUGGUUUAGAAGGAAGGGCUGGAUGAAGCUCUGACGGAGGAGGGGAGAGGAGGAGACAGGGCAGACGAGGAUUUGUUGCCUUUUCACAGUUGGAGGGAGCAGGGAGAGCAGUGGCAGCGUCUAGAAGAGAAAAGGAGCUGCAUGGAAUGGAGGAAAUCGAUGCUGUGCUGAGGCUGUCGUCAAGACGACCCCCACAUCCACCAUCGCUGCCAUGCUGUAUUCUGUGUAAUGGAAGAGAGGCAGAGCAGCUUUAGGAUGCCCCGGAGACGAGCUGUCCAGAGCCAACUUUGAUAUGAUGCUUGGAGCAGGAGGGGCGGUCACCUCUGUCCUCCUGCUGCUUCCUCUCCUGUGCUGGUGCCACCUGUGCCACUCUCUGCGGAUUCCAAAUCUCUCCUCAUAUGCAAAAGCCGAGGACAAACUGUUCAAAUAUCUUUUUGAAAACUACCAGAAAUGGGUUCGUCCCGUGGGACAUCUGAACCAGACCAUCUGUGUGAAGUUUGGCCUGGCUAUCUCCCAGCUCGUUGACGUGGAUGAGAAAAACCAGUUAAUGACAACCAACGUUUGGAUGAAGCAGGAGUGGACUGACAUGAAACUCAGAUGGAGCCCUGAAGACUUCCUGGGCAUCACGACCAUCCGUGUCCCGUCGGACAGAAUCUGGCUUCCUGAUGUUGUGCUUUAUGAUAACUCAGAUGGACGUUUUGAGGGGACCGUCACCAAGGCUGUUGUUAAGUACGAUGGGACCAUAUCGUGGACCCCUCCAGCUAACUACAAGUCCGCCUGCACCAUAGACGUGACCUUCUUCCCCUUUGACCUUCAGAACUGUUCGAUGAAGUUUGGAUCUUGGACCUAUGAUGGCUCCCAGGUGGACAUAAUCCUGGAGGACUUCCAUGUGGACAAGCAGGACUAUUUUGACAAUGGAGAAUGGGAGAUUGUGAAGGCCACAGGCAGUCGCGGUAUAAGAGCUGAUGGAAAUGCUCUCUAUCCCACCAUCACCUACUUCUUUAUCAUUCGCAGGUUGCCUCUUUUCUACACCCUCUUCCUCAUCAUCCCCUGCAUUGGCUUGUCCUUCCUCACCAUCCUUGUCUUCUAUUUACCCUCCAACGGUGGUGAAAAGAUCUCUCUCUGCACCUCGGUGCUGGUGUCGCUCACUGUUUUCCUCUUGGUCAUCGAAGAGAUCAUCCCUUCCUCUUCCAAGGCUAUCCCUCUGAUUGGGGAGUACCUGGUCUUCACCAUGAUCUUUGUCACACUCUCCAUAGUCAUCACCGUUUUUGCUAUCAACAUCCACCACCGCUCUUCUUCCACACACAACAACAUGGCCCCGUGGGUCAGGAGGAUCUUCCUACAUCGGCUGCCUAAGCUGCUGUGCAUGCGCAGCCAUGUGGACCGUUACGCCACAGCUGGAGCAGCUGGACUUGGACCCGUGAAGAUGAAGGACCCUGGACCUGAACUCAAACCGCUCCUGUACACUCAACACAACCUCCAAGCAGCUUUGGAGUCCAUUCGCUACAUAACCAUGCAUGUGGUGAAGGAAAACCAGGUCAGGGAGGUGGUGCAGGACUGGAAGUUUGUUGCCCAGGUUCUGGAUCGAAUGUUCUUGUGGGCUUUUCUCCUGGUGUCGAUUCUCGGUUCUGCUUUCCUCUUCAUCCCGGUCAUUUACAAAUGGGCCAGCAUCAUUGUUCCUGCUUAUCCUGGAAGUACACUGUAAAAAUCAAACAUAGCUCAUUUAUCACAGAGAAGCUCACUGGCUGCUCCUCAAGGCCAGUAGUGCGUGUCAGAAGUCAUGCUGAACUUCAGAGGCCUCGUCAGCGGGGAGGACAUGCACAACAUCCUCAGAAACGGAUCCAAAGCCUGGAAAUGCAACAAAAGGACGCUGAAGCGGACCGUAUGCAUGCUAAAACUGUUGUGUUACUGAGAAAUAUAUGCUUGCAAAGAGCAACGCACAAAGCUGCUAACCUCUCAGACGUUAAACACGAUCAUAUCGUCAUGACAACGGCCGUGUGAAGCAAACAGAACACUUUUUUGUAUGUUUCCCUUUUUUAACGUGCAUCAUUCUGUGUAAACAUUUUCAUGUAAAGCUUCUUAAGAAGCACUGAUGUCCUACUUGCUGCUGAUGUAGGAAACUUCCAGAAAUCCCUCCCUGAGCUAAACUCCAGAACUUCCCAGGACCGGGUCCCGUCACGUGCUCCGCUCCAUUUCUCUUAAAACGGCCUGAAUUAUGAUAUUAUAAUACGAGGAAGGUGACGUUUUAAAGCCAGACUCGAUUUCUGUUCAGCUUUUGUAGAAGAGAAAACCUCUCACCGGCUCGCUCACAGACUUGUGCUCCAGCCCCUAAAAUUCGCCUCAUUUCCUUUAAUUUAAGGACAAACUUCACUUGUUUGUGGAACGGUGGUGAGAUGAUCCACGGAAGUACACACUGCCUUUGUAUGGACUGAACAGAUUACGUAAUAAUCUGAUUGAAACGAGCAGCUGGAGCACCUGCAGCGUCUGAGGCCGUGUGUUCCUGCUGCAGCCAAAAAGCACGACUAGCAUUAACAGGUCGUUCUCUUGCUUUACGACGAAAACACAAAAGCGCUGUCAGACCUUGUGUGUGAGACGCAGCAGCAGAAAGGCUACGAGACUACAUGGAAACAACGUGUUUAAUAUGGAGCACAGAAAGACAUUGGUGUGUUUCCUUCAUGGGUCUCGUCCUCAUCAUCUCCAUUAUUUAGGUUUUUGUUCAAAUGUCCCAAAAUACAAAUAAAUUCCUAGAAACUCA